CCACGUCUCCCACUCUUUCCCUGGACCGCGAACGCAGCAGCUGACCCGGAAGUUUACCUCACUCGUCUUCUCCCAGCAACAAAAACAGAGCUGUUAGCUGUUAUUUUAGCUCGGAGACACAUUUCUGACACAGAUUUUCUCCUCACAUAAUCACAAUGGCUGAAGUAGAGGAAACUCUGAAGCGAAUCCAGGGCCAGAAGGGCGUGCAGGGGAUCAUCAUUGUCAACUCAGAAGGAAUCCCCAUCAAGACGACUCUGGACAACGCCAGCACAGUGCAGUACGCAGGACUGAUCCACCAGCUGGUGAUGAAGGCCAGGAGCACCGUCCGAGACAUCGACCCCCUGAACGACCUCACCUUUCUCCGUGUGCGCUCCAAGAAGAACGAGAUCAUGAUCGCUCCAGAUAAGGACUAUUUCCUGAUCGUCAUCCAGAACCCAUCAGACUGAAAAAGAAGGACGUACUGCCCGACUCAUUACUCUCUCAUGUUUAAAAAACAGCCAAACGUUUUUCUUUGUCUUGCUAAAUGAAAAGAGCCUGUUUACCAGAAGCUUUUUAUGCACUCGCUGUACCAGGAAGUAACGUCAGAAUUUGAAGGUGGAUAAAAUUGAAUCUUUGACAAGCUGUGUGGACCUUAUGACAGUCAAUCACUCUGUAGGCAAAUUUCUUUUUCCAUGUUUUAGCAUUCCAGUUCGGCCUCGUCUCGAUGCAUACUGUUUAUGUCGCUGUGUUUAUUUCUUAGGUAUUUCAGCACAUGGUAAAAUCCCUCUGGCAGAAGUAGGAAACUUCAGACUGGACCAGUGCAUACAUGUCUGCAAAGUGUACAAGAGAGCGAGAGACCGCAACACAUCUUUGAGUUUGAGGAUGUUUUUUCAGAUUGUUGUUAUUUAUUUUGUUGGCAAAAUAUGUUGAAGUACAGUAUUUCACUGGUGAGCAGCGAAACUACACUACAAACACUUCUCUGCUCUUGCCAUGUCAAGUUUCUGAUGUUAUUUUUAACGAAUUAAGAAAUUUUAAAAAGUC